AUGUCUCAACAAGAAUCUUCACCAUCAUCCUCUUCUAAUGAAUCAGCCACCAAUAAUUUAAAUCACUUAUCCCGAAUGAAUAUUACCUAUCAAAAUGUGCAAAUGGUAGAUAUUGAUAGUAUUUCUCGACCAGUCUUCCCGGAAUUGGAUCUGUGCAAAGUUGACUCACUCAUGAACACAAUUGAAACUGAUUAUGAUAAAGUACCACCACUGGAAGCAUUACGUUCUCCAUCUGGUAAACUCUAUGUAUUUGGAGGUUGUCACAGAUAUGAAGCUCAUCGUAGACUCGGAAAGAAUCAAAUCAAAUUGAAUAUCAGAGAUGCCACACCAAUGAUGUUGCAAAUGUAUUUGGGAGCAAGUUAUUUGGUGGAAGAGGAAAAUUAUAAGAAACAAUUACAAGAAAAACAACAAGAACAAGUGUAA